CUCCGUUUCGACUUCAACAUCAGCCAUCUCCAAAUACUUUGCCCUUUCUAUCAGCCGAAUCCUCCAAAAUGGGAAGGAAAAUAUGGAAAAUGCUAGAGAACAACCCCGACGUAAUGAACCAACUAGCAGCAAAGCUAGGCUUAUCGCCAGAGCUACAAUUCUACGACGUCUACUCCCUAGAUGAUCUCUCGCAACUCACCCACAUUCCGCGACCUGCCCUAGCCUUGCUGGUUAUCAUCCCACUUACACCAGCCUGGGACCAAAACCGCAAGGCCGAAGAUGCUGACAAAGAAGAACCCUAUCCUGGCUCCGGCCGCCCUGAUGAGCCCGUCAUCUGGUUCAAGCAAACCAUCGGUCACGCCUGUGGCUCGAUCGGUCUGCUUCAUAGCGUGAUAAAUGGUCCGGCUGUUGACUUUAUCAAGCCUGAUUCCGAUCUCGCGGAGAUACGCAAGCAAGCUAUACCGCUGGAUAUGGACAAACGCGCUGAAAUGCUGUACAACAGUGAGGCGUUUGAAGUGGCUCACAAGUCAGUCGAGCAGGCUGGUGAUACCGAUGCGGAUUUAUUGGAUGAGCGUGAUGGUGGGCAUUUUGUUAGUUUUGUUAAGAGUGGUGGGAAGCUCUGGGAGCUGGAGGGGUCGAGGAAGGGGCCUCUGGAGAGGGGAGAUCUUGCAGAGGAUGAGGAUGUUCUUAGUCCACGGGCGCUUGACAUGGGUGUUAGGAGAAUCAUCAAGUUGAAUGAAGAUGAAGGAGGAAGUCUACUUUUUAGUUGCAUUGCUUUGGCUCAUAGGGCCUAGUGCCAUGUUUAAUGCUCAAUUAAUAUGUUGUACCGCG